AUGGGGACGGAAGCGUACAAUACAUGCUCUUGGUUACCUAUCGAGCAGAGAUUUCCAAUGCAACGUUUUCACAUCUCUGAAAUGGAAUUUACUGAUGGUUCCCUGGAACCACUGGACAAAUGUGGUAUAUUUCUGCAAUCACAGACGUUGAAUGACCCAGGUAAUUGGAUUUGCACUUCGGGUGUCCCUAUGCCCCAGGUCGCAGCUACACUCCUUUCUCACCAGCGGCAGAGUAGUAACAAAGAAGUUAUCCAUCCCGGAGUGUUAUAUAUGUACUGGCAACAGAAUUCCAAAGCUACUACAGGCGAGAAACAUCCCAUAGAACGAGCUAAAACUCGCGUGAGCUGUGACGUGGAUGAUACUCCUGUUCGAAGGCACCAACCAGAAAUGACGCCAGAGCUGCAUUCACCGAGAAACCAACGAAAGCUUGCGCCUAAGAAGGUAUACAAAAAAAGUUUAUAUCAAUCACAAAAGACAGAACAUAGCCGCGUUGAGAAGCGGUACCGAGAGUCCCUAAACGCCAAAUUUGACCAGCUUGAGGAUAUCAUCAGAACUUGCAACGCAGCCAAAGAUGUGGAAACUGUUGAUGGAAUGCGGAAGAAGGGCAGGACGCCUGGUAGAAAGGCACUUAUCUUGCAAAAUGCCUACGAUUGUAUUGCAGCCUCUAAACCUGAUUCAAGCUCUCUCUAA